CAUGUCUCUGGUCAGGUGCUGGCCCGCAGCCCGCCGUGCCCCAGCGGUGCCUACACUCAGUCCGGCGAGUGCUGCUCCUCCUGCCCUCCCGGCUUCGGGGCGGUCGUGCCCUGCGGCCUCAACAACACCCAGUGUGAGCCCUGCGCCCAAAACCGCACCUUCUCGGCGUCGAGCAGCGCGGUAGAGCCGUGCCAGCCCUGCAGGCUGUGCCAGGAGGGUUACGGGGCCGUGCAGCCCUGCAGCCCGGAGCGGGACACCGAGUGCCAGCCGUGUCCCCAGGGCUCCUUCUCGGAGGAGCGCAGCGCCCAGGCUCCCUGCCUGCCCUGCCAGCCUGGCUGUGGACCUGGCCAAGUGAUGCGCCGUGCCUGCAGCCGCCUCUCCGACACGCUCUGCAUGGAGAAGGACCUGCAGGUCCCAAAACGGGCCGAAGGAGACCCCCCCAAGGAGGGCAGCGCAGACCCCACCGCCUCCGCCGCCUCCGCCUCCACGUUCGUCCCUCCCAUCCCCGAGGACGUGGGGCAGAACAUCAUCCCCGUGUACUGCUCCCUCCUGGCCGCCGUGGUGGUGGGUCUGCUCGCCUACGUGGCCUUCAAGUG